GUUCCUCUGCUCAUGUGAUGUGAUCGACACAGCGAUGCGACCGGUAGUGCGGUAGGCCUACUUGGUACUUGCUUCUUGUUCUGCAUCAUUCUUCUCGGCUCUCGUAGAUGUAGAACAGUGAGCCGUGUGUGGAUCGGUGCUCACGAUUUCAGCUGAAGUUGCAAUCUCUUUACUUUCCUUGCCCUAUUACCAUAGAAGAUCUCGUACCGUUUGUGAUAUGAUAGAAAAUCUCGAUUUCGAGAAAAAUCCGAACCCUCACACGACAUCUUGAAUGAAAAAUUCAUGAUGAAGAACAUUGAUGUAUUGAAUGGCAAAAUUGAAGAAGUCAGAAACGGGAAUAAUCCUUGUUCCGAUGCCAAGUUCGAAAAAUCGAUUAAAAUUGUUGGAGCCGAUACACCAUCGAACGGUUAUCAAGCAGAAUUCGACAGCGUUUCUACUACGAUGAGCGUGCCUCCGAAUGGAACUGAAAUUUCGAAAGACGAAACUGCAGCAGCGGAUAAAAACAAAGAUGGCUGCCAAGAUACGAACAACUCUGCCGAGCUGACAGCAACUGCUUUCGCUUCGCCUGUGAACAAAGCCGAUGAUUCCAGCGCUGCCUGUUCUAAUAACAUCGUUCAGUCAGGACUAGAAGCCUCUGGAUUGUCAACAUCAAACAAGCGAGAAACUAGCGACAAUUGCGUGAACUCCAUCGACUCCACUGAAGAUGGAAAGACCCCAAUGCGAAGCAAGCUAUCCACAAAAUCUGAAUCGUCAGAAAGUGAAGAAAAGAAAAAGCUGAUUUGUAAAAUGUCUUCUUCUUUGGAAGUUGAAGGUUUCUCAUCAAAUGUUGAAGGUAGUAUUAUUAUUUCAUCAAAAGUUCAAGUUGAUAGUUCAAUAGUUGACAAUACUUCUAGAGAUGUUGUCAAGUUGAAUGACAUUUUGGAUUCCAAAAAUGUGAGUAAGAAUGUUGAAGAAGGGGCUGAAAAAUCAGAAACUCUUGAAAGCCUGUUGUCUGACAUGAUUAACAUAAUUGAGGAGUCUAGUACAGUAAAAACAAAUACUAAUGGCCCCGUUAACGUUGAAGGAAAUACAGCAAGUGAGAAAGAUUUUAAAUCAAAGGAAAUAUAUAAAACUGAAGAGUCUAGUGUAGUAAAAGAAGUUACUAAUGGCGCCGAUAACGUUGCAAGAGAUGCAGCGAGUGAGAAAGAUGCUUCAUCAAAGGAAAUCUCUGAAACUGAGGAGUCUAGUUUGGUGGAAGAAGUUUCUAAUGGCGCUGGUGAAGUUGGAAAAGAUGCUGCUGGUGAGAAAAAUGAUACAUCAAAGGAAAUCUCUAAAACUGAGGAGUCAUUUUUAGUAAAAGAAGUUACUAAUGGCGCCGGUGAAGUUGGAAAAGUUACUGCAGGUGAGAAAGAUGAUACAUCCAAGGAAAUAUCUAAAACUGAGAAGUCCAGUUUGGUAAAAGAAGUUACUAAUGGCGCCGGUGAAGUUGGAAAAGUUACUGCAGGUGAGAAAGAUGAUACAUCCAAGGAAAUAUCUAAAACUGAGGAGUCUAGUUUGUUAAAAGAAGUUACUAAUGGCACCGGUAACGUUGGAAAAGAUGCUGCGAGUGAGAAAGAUGCUACAUCAAAGGAAAUAUCUAAAACUGAGGAGUCAUUACAGAAAAUAUCCAAUGACGAGUCCGAAAAUACUCAAGAAACUUCGCCAAAGCUUGAUGGAUUAAUAGCUGCAGAUUCUGAAAGAAAACGUCCUAUAAAAGAAGAAGAGAAAGGAAUUUCAGAAAAUAGUUCAUCAUCCAUUGGAGACUUGGAAAAGGGAGAGAAAACAAUUCUGAAGCCUGUUGAAGAAAUUCCGGAGUCCAAAAUUAAACAAGAUGAAUCUAAAAGAGAGGACAUUGCGGCAACUAAAGACAAGAAUUAUUCAACAAAUGCUGUUUCAGAACCGAUUGAUAAGUCUAGCUUGAAGCCUGAUUUGAAAGUGACUCUACCAGAUGCUUGUAAAGAUAACAAAACAAAACAAAAAUUGGAGGAAUUCGUUGAGGAUAUUUCAGUUAGUGACAAGUCGAUGGAAACUGAGGAUGUAUUAACUUCAACUUCUAAUGUGAAAGAGGCCAAAUCUGAUAUGGAUUUUAUCUCAAUAGAUGAUGAUUUAAAGGAACAAGGCAAGCAAACAGUAGUUGUUGAAGAUGGGGAUAAUAAAUUGAAGGAUGUUGGAGGAGAGAAACUUGAGGGAGAUGAAGAAAAGAUACUGAAUAUUGAUGAAGAUAAGAAACUAGGAGAUGAAAAGAAAAAGGGUGAGGAAAAGGAAAAAAAUCUUUUGCUGGAAGGUGAUGAGAAAGCAGUUGUUGAAUCAAAUAUGAAGACAGAUGAAUCAGUGGAUGCAGAUGUUGAUAAAAACCAAUCAAGUAAUGUAGAUGAGAAAAAACAGGAGACUGAUAACAAGACCAAUGAUAAAGCUUGUGAUGAAAAGUCUCUUAAGGGUACAGUUAUAGAAAAUGAGGAGCUGAUGGAAGUGAAUGAUUCAGAAAUGGAUGGAAAGCUACCUGCUGAAAACUAUGAACAAGUAAAAGUAUCAGAUUUAGUAGAAGUUGAGGAACUUGUAGAGAAAGCUAGUGAAUCGAAACUUCAAGAUGCUGAACUAUCUAAAACCUCUGAUGCUACUGAAGAGAAAACUACUGAAGCUAUUGAAGCCGAGAUAGCGAAAUCCAAAGAAACAGCUAAGUCUUCCGAUAGAUCAACUGUUCUAGCAGAAUCCACUUCAGCUGAAGAUCCUCAAUUGCCUCUGAAAAGGCCGGCCGAAGUGCAACUAGACAAUUCCAAAAAAAUGAAGACUGAUGAUAGCUCAACCACCGAUAAAGACUGUCUCAAGAAACGUUCGCCUUCGCCAAUCACAGACGGAAUUGCCGAGCCUAAAAGGAAACGUACGCUUUCAGCAGCUUCUGUUGAACACAAUUCCAAAUCCAGUGUGAAAACUAGUGAACCCGAAAAAAGCACAAUUGUUGAUCAUGUUAGCAGCAAUGAAAAAGAAAGUGUAAAAAUAGAUUUAGAUAACUAUGAAUCAGACGUUAGUUUGGACUUGGAAUUGAAAUCUGAUAGCUCAGAAGGCGUGACUAGAGCUUCAAGUGUUUCGGAUGUUGAAGUCAAAUGUGUGUGUAAGUGCACCUGCGGUUAUAGUCUCAAUAAAGAUGAACUAUUGAGAAACAUUUUAGGCUGUGAUAAAGAAGAUAGUGAAAACAAAAGUAGAAGGAGAGACAAGAGUAAGAAGAUGGAAAGUAGUGGGGCCGCAUCCCUCUUGAAGGAAAAUAUAGACGGUAAAAGUGAUGCAUUAUUGAAGGAAACUUUUAGACGGAUGAAAAAGUCGGAUUUAGAAGAUCUCAUGACAAUCAAAAUGACCGAAAUUCUGGCCUACAAAAAUGAGUUGGGCGAACUGAGGGCAAACUAUCAAGCUGCUCAAGAAAGCAUUGAAAGAUGGAUUCGCCGAUGCAAUUAUUUCGAGAAAAUUGAUAGCGAGUUUACUGUCAAGCUGAAGAAAUAUACGCGCGAUCUUGAGUUGCUGAGGGCUGAGAAAGGUCCACUUAGUCUACCAUCAAGAUUCAGCCGAUCUGUUGGUCUCCAAGUCAUCCAACCGACGAAUCCUAGGAAACAGCAGGUGAAAUCUCGGCAGCAGCUGCAGCACGAGGAACGCAUGCAGCUGCAGUACAAGGAGCAGCAAGAGCUGCAUCAGCUGCAGCAGCACAACCAGCAGAAGAUGCAUGCUCAGCAGCUCAAGGAGCAACAAUUGAGAGAGAAGCGGCAAAAGGAGGAAGAGCUGAAGGAGAAGGAAGAAAACGAGAAGAAACGCAAAGAGACUCAACAGCGCAUUAAAGAGGAUCAGGAGCGUAUUGAAAAACGUUUACUAAAAACACAAGAACGGUUCCAGACUUCGUUGAAACCGGCUGCGACAACAAAUGUGCGCUCAUCCACUCCUCGACGCAUCGUCUCCUCGAAGCCUGCUCAACCUGCUACUAACAUACAGUCUCCUCCGUGUUCAUCAGCUGCAAGUUCGCCGUCUACGACUGCGUCGGCGUCUGCUGGGACGUCAACGUCGGCGCCCAUCCCUGUGGCUAUCACUGCCUCCAAAAUGGCCAGACAAUCUCCGGCCAAGUCUCACGAAGUCAUUGAUCUCAUUGAUCUCACCGACAAAGAAGAAAAAGGUGCUGCUGCUAACCAAGACUCAAAAACUCCUACCAGCUACACUGUGGUUAGACAAAUGCCACCAGCCAAUAAUGGCAAUGGACAGCGUACUUAUCUAGUACCCUCUUCUGCUGUGUCGACAAAUACAGGACAGCUUCUGCUUGCCACUACAGCUGGCCUCACUAAGUUACCGAUUGGGACAUUGGCAGCAAAUGGUACUAUGAUCGUGAAGAACGGAGCAAUGAGUAAUGUAUUGAAACCUGUGCACACGGUCAGAGUUACGAGCGCGACUCACCCCGCUCCUCUGCCACCUUGCCCGCCGGCCAUUCACCAAGAAGGAUGGCGUCUGGCGCCGCCCAGGCCUCAAUUGGUGGUCAGGAAGACACCUAACGGUGCCGGUAUUAUGCUGUCGUGGACGUUGGCUCUAGGCAAGGGCUACGAAGAAAUAGCCAGCUACCAGCUGUAUGCCUACCAAGAAGGCUCAGCACCACCCACCUCCACACUCUGGAAGAAGGUUGGCGAUGUCAAAGCUCUGCCCCUGCCCAUGGCCUGCACCCUCACACAGUUUGUGGAGGGUCACAAGUACCACUUCGCGGUGAGGGCAGUAGACAUCCACGCGAGGGUGGGGCAUUUUAGCGGACCCAGCACAAUUACGCUCAACAGAACUUCGUGAGUAGUGACAGCUUCUAGAGCAGAGGACUUCUAGUUUCAUAAGAUACAUUUUACUUCUUGCCGCUGAUUGAGAUUUAAAUAAUUAAAUCAGCGGUUGAAUUGUUUCUAAGAGUUUUUUUUCUCAUUCACAUUGCAUUUUGUUCUAGGGUAAUUUAAUUACCAUGUUUAUGAAUCAAUUUUAUGAAUAAAUGACCAUUUCAAUGCACUUUGCAGUACUAAAUUUUGAGUAAUCUCUAUGGGAGUAGGGGGAGAUAUUAAAUUUGGCUCCUCAUUGAUUGUUAGAAACUUAAACCACUAAAGUAUUGACACAGAUAUCACUUUAAAUAAGUAAAUACAUUUUCUUUUUCUUUUGAAAUCUAUUACCUCUGAAGGUUGAGAACAUUCAGCAAUGUAGAUGGAAAAACAUGGUUUUCUUUUUUUUUUAAAUGUGUUCUAUGAUCGUUCAGCUCUCAUGAAUGUUUGAAAUUAAUACAUAUUAUAUAAGCCUACAGUAUUAAACAAUUUGAUUGUAUGUAUUUCAAAAGAUAAGUCUGUGUAUUUACCAAUUUACAAGCAUUAUAUGAAACGUUUUUCUCUUCCAGUUGAGUUGAAUCUGAAGAUUGGAGUGAAGAGCAGUACAAACCAAAAUGAUUUAUACCCUGCCAUUAAUAUAAUACGUACCUAAUACUACUAUCAAGAACUGACUUAAUUUUUUAUUAUAUGAUACUAUUUACGUUGAAUUGUUUUAUGUGAAGCCUUUUUCGACUUGUGAACCCCCUGAUGGGUUGAUAAAAGUUCGUGUAAAACUAAGUGAUAUGUACAAAAAUAUUGAGCGAUUUGUAAUAUUGUUGUUUGUUUAGCUUAGAAUUGUUGUACUUGUAAAUAAUUGCGCUUUUUCGUUUUUUAGGUAAUAUUCAUAACAAUAAGUUAAUAUCAUUAGUUUAUGAAUGAAAUAAUUCUUCAAAAAAUGUUAUAUAUCUGAAUAUUGUGAUUCAAUUCUUUUGUACUUUUAUUAGCCUACAUAUUGACAAGUAGUUUACCUUUAUUUUUCAUUUUUGUAUCGCCUGAUAUCAAUCAGUUUUUAAAUAUUAGGAACAAUUUGAAAGUUAUUGACACAUUUUUUUCAACUGGUACUGUUAUCCUCAUCGAAUCUCAUUUAUGUUUUUCUUGUACUAGUUGUUCAAGCAUUUUCUUAUUUUCUCAGUAAUUAUAAUUAUUUCAGCGUAUAUAAUUCCAUUAUUAAUUCAUGAUUGCUAUUUGAUUGUAUCUGAUCAAAGAGUGAAAAAAAUUAUUUUGUGAAGAAUCUUGACUCUAAUCCAAUGUAGGAAAAUUAUCCUUCAUAUUGUAUAAGAAUUAUUAUUGAGAUAAUAUAUAAUAAUUUUCAUUUAAUUGAAAUAGGCUAGUUCUAUAUACAAUUGAAUUGUACAUCAAUUUAUUUAUAACCAAACAUUAUAAUUCAUGAAGAUAUUAUAUUAAAAAAUACUACUUCAUAAACAGAGACUUGAAAUUAUUAAAAAUGUUUUAUGCAGGGUUGUGUCAUUGUUCUCUGUUCAAUUUGAUUCAAAGAGUUGGUUGCAAUUUUUAAAAGCAUGAUAGCUACUUGAAUUUCUCAAUAUUUUGUCUAUGUUAUCCACAAACAAAAUCUUAUAACUUGCUCUGUUCAACUCACAUUACUAGCGUCGCUUAGGAAUUGGAAUUUAACUAAACGUUCAAAAAUGUUUAAUCUUGGAUCAAUUCAAUUAUCUCCAUACGUACUUAGUACUUUCAUAAAGCACUUGUGAAAAAAUCUGAAGAUCAUCAUAUUUGUACUGUUUAAUUUAUUCAUUAUUAUGUGCAAUUAUCAAAAGUGUUUUACUUGAUUCAUCAUCAUGAUUUGUACUGGAAUUUUUGUCAUGAAAAUUUUUACUUUUGAGUCAUAUACCCAAUAAAUUGAUUCUCGUUGUUCUUCCAUUCUUGA